GGGGGGGGUAAGAUAUUUUUCCUGGUGCUGGGGGUUAUUCCAUACCCUUAAUACUUACACCACCAUUUUUUGAAAGGGGGCUAAGGGCUUUACAACUAUCGCCUCCUACUAUUCUUGUUGUUUAUUAUUGGUCUGUUUUUCCUGGGGAGCAUAGCCUGGGAGGCCCCCCGGUUCUACAUUUUCCUUAAAAUGUUUACACCAUUUUUUGUGCCUUUCGCACUUAUACCACCAUUGUUCGAAAAAGUCCUGUCCUGAACUUUUUGAGAGAAACGUAGAAGUCUUAUGGCAAUUAUAUGUAAAUGAAGAUAGAUCCAUACCCCCCAGGCCCCCGGUUCUAUAUUCUUCCCAAAAAUAUUCUGAGCCUUUUUCACUUAUAGGUACAUGAGAUCGGGUCCAAAGUAGUGAAUCCAUAACUUUAUCCGCAUAUAUCAAUUGGGAAGGACAAAUCCCAUCUGAGCUUAAUCUCCUACCUUUGCAAGGCAAAUCUAGAGCGAAACCAUGCGUUAGUUGGUAAUACCAUCUCCUAUUAGCUGUGUCUCAUUGUUCAGUUUCCUCAAGGUAUCAUAGUGAGCAAUGGUGUAAUGGGUAUCUAAGCAACAAAAUUUCAUCCUUGACCCCAUACCCCAUAAUAUGUUGUUGAGGAUUUACUGUGAGCUCCGGAAACUUCAGAUUUAUGAGUUUUUUCCAUUACUACCGGUUACCUUGCGGUCAUUUAAGGAGCGCUCUUGAAAAUAAACAAAUUCAUCGGCCUCUCUCACAAAACAUAGUCCAAGUUUUGAUUCCUGUCAAAAUUGGAAUGUACCUACUUAUCACCCGUUUAAAGGGGUAAGUUCAGAAAAAUUCAGUGUCCUAAGUCUUAGUCCUAAUUCCGAAUCCCUGUGGUGUUUUCAACAAAAUUGGCAUUUACUUAGCGACAGUUUAUUGGGGUGAAAUCCGCCCUUGCAAGCUUCGAUAUUCCAGUACUGGAAUUUGGAAGACGAUAACGAUCGUAUCACAGUUGAAAUUUCACACUCUCUAUUUUCUAAAUUGAGGAUUUAAGAAAAUUGUUACACUAAUAUUAAGGCAUCUUGUGAAGUUUUGUAACGAACACAUCUCUUAUUUACCCUCCCGAUCCAUCGAGGCUGCGAGGUUGCGAGAUGGAGCUGUUUUCGUCAAAGUGGCCUAAUCAAAUGUUAUUAAUAAUCGCGUGGGUUUUCUUUUGAAGUGAGAAAAAAAUUUGCGUGAAAUUCUUUCGUUAUCAACUUUCUGUGAUAAUCACAAUCAUUAUAACGCAAUAAUGAAAUGCUGUGUCUUGUAUUUGCAGUAGAUUGUUCUUAUUGUUGUUGUUUGUUUCAAAUGUUCUCUAUUUAUUUAAGACAUCGUUGUUUGUUUUCCAUGAUGUUUGUUGUUAUGAUGUGAUGGAUAUAAUUAAUAUGUGUUUUUGUAAUAUUUAAAUCAAUGUACAAAUAUAUAGCGUAAACAAUUCUGGCUGAUCUAGCCCAUAUGGGGAGGUUUCAUUAUCACCACCCCAAAAAACACCACUGUGGUCUACUUGGAAGGGUGGUUGUUGCAAAGAGGUCUUUCGUCACAUGUUUACAUAGGUUUCGAGUUUUUCCUUGCGCUUUCUCAAGUACUCACAAAAAUUCCUAAAGGAGAGGUAAAUAGUACUUCAAGGAAUGUAGAUGCUUGUGGAAUAGCUGCAAAUACCUCUUGAGACCUUUGGAAUCCUUUCAAGAUUGUUCGGGGCUCUAAAGCCCUCUCAAAACAUCUUUAAAAAUUCCCAAUGCCCUCUGGGCGACACAUGGAAAUAUAUUAUUUGCACUGACUGCCAAAGGUAAAUGCAAUGUCCGGAUGUUAAAGAUUCCAAAAUGCUGACAAGGAUCUUAAUGGACCUUAAAAAGCCUGCAAGGUUAAAAAUGACUCAAAAGUUUCGGCAAUCAGAAGUGAAGAGAAUCACAAUAACUUUAAAAAAGCUUCUGCAAGAACUUUAGAGCCUUUUUGGGGCUCUCGGAGAUCUGAUCCUCAGAAACACUAUGAAGAAGUUUGUGAAGUUACAGCAAAUUUCUCUCUUACGCACCCUUCAAGCCAUAUUAAGGAGUUUUAAAGGGCAUUGAGGACUGUCGAAGACAGCAAAGUUGCUAGAAAACCCAGGGAAUCUCUUGGAGAAAGUUGAGACUUCUAAAGCCUAUUAAAGGUUCUUAAAGUCUUUUUGAAGAGUCUUUUAAAGACCCUCAAAUGCAAUUUGAGACUUCUGAAUGAAUUUAAGGGCUUUUCAAUACUUUUGAUAUCAAGUUUCUUUAACGAUCAUUAUUAAAUAUCAUUAAAGACUCCUGAGGACUAUGAACAACCCCUAAAAACACUUGGGGACAUUUCUCUUGAAGGCCCUUACAAAUUUUUGCAAGCUAAUGAAGGCUCUCUUAGGGGCUUUAUGCAGUGUUUGGACGCUGUUGCCGACAUAUCAAUUAUAUUAAAGGAUCUUAAGUGCACUAGGAGACCCUUGAAACCCUUUAAUGAUUUAUUAAAUCGCCCAUUAAAUACAUUGAAAUGAUAUGAAAUGCCCACCAAAGUAGCAGUGUACGAAAGUCUCGUGCCAUUUGUAGGUAAAUGUAAAUGAUGAUUGAUCUUUUUCACUUCCUGGGGGGGUUUGGAAGACCCCGCGGUUGUAAAUUCUUCCCCAAAUUGUUUAGUGCCAUUAGAACUUAGUCUAUGAUUUUAUCAUCGUUUUAUCCCAUACCCCCCAGACCAGACCCCCCGGUUGUACAUUCUUUCCUAAAAUGUUUAGUGCCCUUCAAAUUUACACCAUGAUAGUCAUAAGGGCUGAAGUGUUGAGGGUGAACGUAUCACCAGGCGGUCUGAGGGUUUGGAAUAUUCCUCAGUAAUACCCCCAGUGUAUAAAAGUAUUAUGCCAGUUUUAGGUAAAUGAUUGGUCCUUUCCAGACCACCCGGUUGUAUAUUCUUUCUCAAAAUGAUUAGUGCCCAGUAAAAUUUACACCAUGAUUUUUCGAAAAAAUCCUAAUUGCUGAUUGCUGAGGUGUUAAGAGUGAAGGUGAACGUAUCACCGGAGGGUUUGCAGAAUAAAGAAUACCCACCAGUGUACGAAAGUCAUAUGCCACUUGGUAGGUAAAUGAUGAUGGGUUCUUUCCAUUCUCUGGGGGAUACUCCAUACCCCCAGAUUCCCCGAUAGUACAUUCUUCUCCAAAGUGUUAGGAAAGUUAUAUGUCAGUUGGAGGUAAAUGAUGAUUGGUUUUUUCCACUCCCUGGGAGGUAUGCCAUACCCUCAGAUUCCCCAGUAGUACAUUCUUCCCCAAAAUGAUUAGUGACCUUCGAAUUUACACCAUUAUUUUUCGAAAGAGUUCUAAUUGAUGAUUGCUGAGGUGUUGCGGGUGCAGGUGAACGGGAGGUUUGGGGGUAAGGAAUACCUCCAGUAAUACUCCCCGUGUAGGAAAGUCUUAUGCCAGUUGUAGGUAUGUGAUGAUUGGUUCUCUCGAUCUCCUGGGGGGCAUUCCAUACCUCCCAGACCUUCGGGUUAUAAAAUGUUUAGCGACCUUAGAAGUUACACCAUGAUUUUUCGAAAGUCGUACGGGCUGAAAUCUUGAUGGUGAACGUAUCACCGGUGGGCCUGGGGGGUAUGGAGUACGCCCCCGUUGCCCCCCACUCCGAGUGUACGACAGUCUUAUGCCAGUUGUAUGAAAACGAUGAUUGGUUCUUUCCAUUUCCUGGUGGGUAUUCCAUAUUCCCCAGGCCCUUCAGUUGUACGUUCUUCUCCAAAAUGUUUAGUACCCUUACAUUCUUCCUCAAAAUGUCUAGUACCCUUAGAACUUACACCAUGAUUUUCCAAAAGAGCCUUAAGGGAUGACGUGUUGAAAGUGAACGUAUCACCGGGAGGUCUGGGGGUAUCGAAUGCCCCCCAGUAAUACCCCCCUCCCCCAGUGUACGAAAGUCUUAUGACAGUUGUAUGUAGGAAAAUGACGAUUGGUUCUUACCAUUUUCUGGCGGGUAUUUCAUACUCCCCAGGCCCCCAGUUGUACAUUCUUCCCCAAAACGUUUAGUACCCUUAAACCUUACACCAUGACUUUUCAAAAGAGUCUUCAUGACGUGUUUAGGGUAAACCUAUCUCCGGGGGUCUGUGAGAUAAGUUACCCUCCCGCAGUACCCCCAGUGUACGUAAGUCUUAAGCCAGUUGUAGAAAAAUAAUUAUUGGUUCUUUCCAUUUCCUGGGGGGUAUCACAGGUCUACAUUCUUCCCCAAAAUGUUUUGUGCCGUUAGUACCUAUACCAUAAUUUUUUGAAAAAAUAUCUGACGGUGACCGUAUAAGUGAGGGGGUGUCUGGGUGGUAUGGAAUACACACCAGUGACUGAAUGCCUUAUGCCAGCUGUAGGUAAAUGAUAAUUGGCUUUUUCUAUUUCCUGGGGGGUACAGUCUUUCACAAAAGUGCCCUUAAAGCUUACACCAUCACUUUUCGAAAGAGUCCUAAGGGGUAAAAGUUUUGCGGCUGAACGUACACCUCUGGAAAAAGGAAUAGCCAAUCUUCAUUUACCUACAACUAACAUAAGACCUUCGUACACUUUGAGUUCGGCCGUAUAUUUUUCCCCAAUAUGUUUGGCACUCAGCACAUAUACCACGAGUUUUGGAAGGAACCUUUGAUUGUGAAAUUCCGAGGAGGGGAGGGAGGCCGGAGGUUUUGAAUUUUUUUAAAAUUUGUGGUAUUAAUGAAUCUGGGACAGGGCCUUGAACAAUUUAAUUGAAUGCAUUUUACUUUACAAGCCUCGAUAAAGCCCUUAGUAGUUAUUGGAAUCCCAUAAGAGGACCCUAGUCGCUCCUAAAUAUUUUUAACUAUUCUUUUGGAGGAGGUAGAGGACAGUCAUAAGCUCGCAUUUCAACUUUGAAGGGUUGUUAAAGGCACGAUUUCAAAAUUAUAGGAGUUAUACACUUUGAAAACUGAAGAUGUACGUUACACAAUGAGGAAAAGUGGUAGCGAUGUAGUUGGAAAAUGCAUUGAUAAUCACCUCUUUGUAUAUUGUUUAAAGUGGCGGUGAUUUCUGAAGUUUGGAAUUCACUCAGAUCUCAGAACCAAGAUUUUAUAUUUCUGCACAUUUUCGACUACUACUCGCAUUCACCCGAUUUUUUUUAAUUCGAAAAAGAAAACUCCCUAGCAAUUUGUGGGGUUUUUAGCGGAACACUGAAUGGGAAACGGGAGUCACAUCAAUGUAACCUAGUUUAACGUAAAACGGUAAUGUUUGCACACAGGAAGUCUCUUUUAUCAGUAGUGGUGUCUGAUUUAGAUAGCAUGGCGCAUUCAAUCAUUCCACAUUGUGAAGCACCUUGCGGAAGUGCUGGUUUUGUACUACUCAUUGGUCAGAAUGCGGUUACUUCUGGUUCUGUUCGCUGUCUUCGAUGUAACCCGAGCGGGAUCUUGUAACAUCCGUUUUGACACCAUAUCGAUUUACUAUGGCGAGAAAAGGGUGAAUCAGUAUGUAUGCGUGAAGGUCACACCGGCUGAUCUAACCCAGGAUAGCUUUUUCCCGGUCUCCUAUCCGGUCUUUACGGCUAAUGAUUCGCACCUGCUCUCCGUUUACAAGGAGAUGUUCGCAAAUAUGGGAAAGCAUUAUUUGGAAAUUAAAGUACUGGCAAUGGUCAACAGUCACAUUAGGAACAUAUCGGAGGAUGCAUUUGACAAAUUCGUUGGCCUCUCCUACUUGGACCUACGCCACAAUGACAUAACCGAGAUUGGUUUCCUGAAGACGAUCAUUUCGCGGUUACAGACUGUGGACUUGAGUUACAACAAGAUAGAGCACGUUUCCGUCAUCAACAUGUCGCAUCCGAGGAACUUGAACAAGUUGAAUCUUGCAUUUAAUAAAAUCAUCACCGUUGACUUUGGUUUUGUGCCAAACGCGACCGCGUUGAAUGCCCUGGAUUUAAGUCACAACCUACUCGAGAAUUUAAGUGAAGGUGUGUUUAGAAGUCUUCCUUACGUCGGAGAGGUAUACUUAACGAACUGCACCAGGAGAAAGCUGGACUUCAGGAUUUUUGAAUCAACCACUCGUUUGCGCGUUCUCAACGUCAGUCAUAAUGAUGUUUUGUUACCACAGCUGCCAUCACUUCCCCAAUUGAGUUCGCUGAAUUUGUCGGCCACCAAAGUUGCAAUUGACCAAGAGAUGUUCAUCGCGUCACGGCGCCUUCAGCAUUUAGAUCUCAGCAGUAAUGGAUUCAAAAACUUGGAGAAAAGCGUGUUCAUUCACUUACAGGAUUUGGAAUCAUUGCAUUUGCAUCACAACGACUUAGAGUCAUUAGAGCAAGACAUGUUCAAAGGGCUAAACAAAACGCUUCUGCUCAACUGCUCCUCUAAUAGGAUCAAGUCGUUACAGCCGAACGUUUUUGUCGAGUUGGUCUCUUUGCGUUCUUUAGAUCUGGCCAGAAAUGGCCUGGUAAAGAUCGAAACUGGAGCGUUUCAUUCGCUGCCCGAGUUGAGGUUUCUCGACCUAAGCGAAAACGCUAUCGAAACCCUUCACGAGAUGACAUUCAAGGGCCUCAACCUCCUUCUGGAACUGCACUUAAACGGAAAUCGCGUCAAAUCGCUCGUUUGGUGCCAAACUUACUUUCACACGAAGUGCGUUAAAGUCAGUGACGAUGAAGUUAAAUUUAUUAACUCAAAAAAGAACUUUAAUUGGUUCUGUGACCCCUGCGCUAUCCACGAAUCACACAGCCUCAGGAAUAUCUUGACUAACAUCAACAAAGUGACGAUGAACUGGGAUAGAGUUAUGGAAAGUCAGCACGAGAAACUGAUGAACCACGAGAAGCUAUUAAAGGAUACUUUAGACCAGGUAAAUACCCAAAAUGUCAGCAUCAGCAAGGAUCUAGCGCAAGUUCUCCAAACUCAAUCUGAAGUGAAGCUUACUUAUGCGGACAAGUUGAAACAGAAAACCUAUGACCCAGUUAUCAUUGUUAAGCCCAAGGACGCGAACCAACCCUCCAAGCAAACCUUCACCACCCUCAAAGAAAAUAUCGGAUCCAAUUACCCGAGAAAAGCUGCAGCCAAACUUAAGGAGGAAGCCGAAACGAAACUGGGAUCCGACUACAUUCUUUCCUUACCAAAACAGAAGAUGCCGAAGAUUAAAAUCGUAGGCCUCAAUGACAAGAUCGGGAGUACCCAAAUGAAGGAAAUGAUUCUCGCGCAGAAUCAAUUCCUCGACGAAGCCGCGUACAUAAACGUCGUACACAUAACGGAAGAUAAAACAAAUCCUAACAGGUAUUUGGCUUACGCUGAGGUUGACGGUAAUAGUUACCGGAAAAUUCUAAGUGAACAAAAGCUUAACAUAGGAUGGGACCGUUGCAGAAUUUAUGAUGCUGUGACAACUAGAAGAUGCUACAAAUGCAAUGGGUUCGGACAUAAGGCAACUGACUGUAGCAAAACUACUACCUGCCCCAAAUGUGCGGGAGCCCAUGACCUAGCGAGCUGUAAAGCUUCGGACGCGGAAAUCAAAUGCAGUAACUGUGCCAACGCCGUUGAGAAACUAAAAAUGAAACUGGAUGUACAGCACCCGGCCUACAAAAAACGACUCGAUCAAGAAAGAAGCAGAAUUGAUUUUUUAGGCCAUCCCCAACACUAA